AUAUUAUUUUACAUUCUAACAUCGUCUAUUGAAGAAUCUCUGUUUCGCCAACGCCAAUGGCGAUUUCUGUCUCUGCCCCUGCACACAACUGCGGCCUCACAGUUGGAAUUAAAGGAAGAGUUCAUCGUCUCCUAAUUCACAAUGUUAAUUUAAUUCCAUACCCGUUAAGUUUUAACUGCAAUCUAAGCUCUCCUCUCUACUUAACCCCCACUUUUUCAGCCAUUUCUGCUUCCCACAGGGCCUCUGCUAUCUCCAAUUCCACAGGAAUAGAGUCUACAGUGGUGAGUGAGGAAACCACCAAUGUGUUGGAUGAUGUUCAAGUAUUCGAUCUGAAUGGACAAGGUGUACCUAUUUCGGAUCUGUGGAAAGAUAGGAAAGCAGUUGUUGCGUUUGCUCGUCAUUUUGGAUGUGUCCUUUGUCGCAAAAGGGCUGAUUAUCUUGCAGCUGAGAAGGAUAAAAUGGAUGCAGCUGGAGUUGCACUUGUUUUAAUUGGACCUGGUAGUGUUGAUCAGGCAAGAUCAUUCUCCGAGCAAACAAAGUUUAAAGGAGAGGUUUAUGCAGAUCCAAGCUAUAGGUCUUAUGAUGCUCUGAGAUUUGUGUCAGGCGUUACAACCACAUUCACACCUGGGGCAGGUCUGAAAAUAAUACAAUUGUAUAUGGAAGGCUAUAGACAGGACUGGAAGCUUUCAUUUGAGAAGGACACCAGGACACGAGGUGGCUGGCGACAAGGAGGAAUUAUUGUUGCAGGUCCUGGUAAAAAUAAAAUCACAUACAUACACAAGGAUAAAGAAGCAGGGGAUGAUCCAGAUAUAAACGAGAUCUUGAAUGCUUGCUGUGUGCAAAGCUAAUUAAUCUAGUCAGUCUGCAACUACCAAUGCACUGUGUACAUACAGAUACACGCACAUUAUCUAAAUGUAUCAUUGUAUAUGUGUAUCAUAAUUAGUGGUUCUUAAAGAGUUAAGGGAUUCUAUCAUAUAAAAGGGGUUUAUAGCAUAGUCUUUGCCAUCUUCUAGUUAUAUCAGGCUUCUUAUAAAAAAUAGGAUUUGCAUG